AUGGACUCCCUCCCCUCCGGUCCCCUUCCGCCCGACCUCAAUCCGCGUCCCAAGAAGAAGCGGCGGCCCGCCCUCAGCUGCGUCACGUGUCGUGACCGCAAGCUCAAGUGCGACAAGGAGCGCCCGCGCUGUGGCCGCUGCGUGCAGACCAGCCCGGAUCAGCCGUGCAUCUAUCUGGAGACGCACUCGCGCGCCGCCUCUCAGGCAUACCAGCAGCGCGUCGCCCCGGACGAGUCGCAGCCCUCAGCCUAUAACCACUCCGCUCCUGCUCGGUCUAUUCGGCAAUUCGACGAACUCCCGCGAUCAACCCGAAGCCCCCUCGGCGCCACGCGCUCCUUGCUCCCCGCAAAUGGCUCCCCUCGCAUCGGCACGCCCCCAGACCUGGAGUCGCGCUUGGCCCGCCUCGAGAAGAUUCUAGUCCAGGCCGUCAACCAGAGUGUUAUCCCCAACCCAUAUGACGACUCUCCCGCCACCUCUCCUGCCCAGGACCCUGCUCCGAAUGACCCUGCUCCGAAUGACCCUGCGCCCAUCAUCCCGGAGCUACCGCCUGCCCACCGCCUCGACGACGAAGAUGCCGUCGUCUAUCCUGGAAGCUAUCGCGGCUACGGCCUAACCCAUCCCGCCAUGCUCUUCACCGAGAUGCCCUCCUUCAUGGCACGCAUCAGAUUCGAGCACCCGGAGAGGAUGAUCAAGCUUAAGCGACGGAUUGAAAUGUGGAGAGCCUCAAACAUGGAUUCACGUGACAUCUGGAACGACGCUUGCGGCUUCGCUUCCGUCAUUGCCAGCCUGCCUCCCAAAGAAUCCCUAGACUGGCUCGUCUUCGCCUACUUCGACUCGUUCGAGCUCGAGUAUCCUAUUCUGGAUGAACAGAAGUUCAUCAAUGCCUACGAAGCCGCUUGGGACGGCUCGCGUUUCUCACCCACACCUCAUCUGCUCAUGACCCUCCUUCUGAUCAUUGCCACGACCGUGAACAUCUACACCAGCCAGCUGGUCGAGCCUUCUCCCAUCCUUGAGAACGCCAAGACUGGUGUUCGACGCUACAUCCACCUGAGCGAGCGCUGGCUGCUGUCACGCGGAACCCAAGUGCCGGAUCUGGAUGCUGUGAGAUUGGGCUGCUUAUUGGUGCUUGCCAAAAGAUACAAUGGCUUCGCCCGUGAUCAGAUAUGGACCACCGCUGGCACACUGGUUCGCAUCUCCAUGCUUGCCGGCCUCCAUGCCCAGGCAUGGCGUCCAGGACCCGAACAAGAGUUGUGCAGAAGUCUUUGGACCACUAUUCUCGAGCUGGACCUGCUCACUGCGGUAGAUAGCGGAAUGGUGCCCGCCAUUCCCGUGUCCGAGUACUCCCGCCUGGCAAAUGCUGCCGAUAAUCGAUAUACACAAAGCGGUGUGCACAUGUCUAUCGCACCCCCUCACUCAGAAAUGGCUCGGUCACUGGGCCUGAGAGUAGAGAUCUGCUGCAUGCUCAACUCGAAUUCUCCCGAGAUCACGGGGCAACGAACUGCGGAGCAAGAAAGACAACUGAAACAGCAUCUCUCAUCCAUCGUAGCUUUGCCACAGGAUGCCGUUGGGACUUCAUCAUCUUCAGACCGGCACGCCCACUGGGUAGAACUGUCACGGGCGAAACUGCGGAAAUAUCUCCUUAUGAUCUACUUGCCCUUCGCACUGCAGGGCCCGUUGCAGCAGCAAUUCCCGCAUUACAAAAAGGCCUGCGCCGAGGUUGCCAUAGACAUUUUGAGCGAACACAGUGCCCUGCUUGAACAGGGUAAUCUAUCCGUGUGCCUCAAGGUCGACGAUGUGUUUCAAGCUGCGCUGACUGUGUGCAAUGAAAUCAACCAGCCGAUAAAGCCAGGCGUUCCCGCCUUGAGCCAACUACCUGGUUACGUUGCGCUCAUCAAGCCGUUACUCAAGUCUGCUCUCAAAGUCCUAACCCAAAGGCUACUAUAUGUCGGUCAAUGGCACACUGAAUAUCUCCUGCUUUGCCUUGCAAUUGGCCUCGUCAAGUCAAAGACGUGGCCACACAACGUUUCCGAGUACGCAAGGGAUGUCGUCAAUCAGGUCGAAGAGUCAUGCACCUUCAUCACAACUCCCAAGACGCCCUCGGUGCACUCUCCAGAAAACAAUCAGAUUCACGGAAGACAGCAAUCUUUGGCAACGCCGGCCCACUCCACGCCACAUGUGAGCCAUCCUGAAACGACGCCGCUCGAUACUUCUGCUGCUACCGACAGAGACCUAUUCACGGGUCUUGACACGGUAUCAGAUAGCUUCCAAGACAUUAUUGAAUUCCUUGGAUUGGCGAACCCUCUGGAUCCAAAUGACCCCUACACCAACGUCGUGCCUUUUUAG